AUGAACCUCACUUACACCACAUCCUCGGGGACGCAGGUCGCAAUUAGCGCGGAUCCUCUUUCUGUCCAGUCCGAACUCAUCCUCACUAUCCUCCUCUAUCCCAUAAUCAGCAUCCUCACCAGAUGGCGAGUCGAGUACUGUCCCAAGCAAGGCAGAGAAACAGUUCUUCCCUUGAAUACAAUACCCGCCAAAGAGGACACAGCUACGCCGGAUGUUCAAAUUGUUGUUGAUCCCACCGCAGGGAAGUCUUCUUGCGAUACCGAGCCAGCGACGGGGACGCCCUAUAAGAGCAGACAAUCCUUCUUCGAGAUGGCAGGGAGAGUAUGGACACAUGAGCGAUGGAACGGGCUCUACAAGGGUCUCCCUCUCCUUUUGGUGUCACAGGCACUCUCAGGUUGGCUGCGUUGUCGCAACGUCGACCUAGCCGAAGUUCUCAUGACGGAACAAAUGAAUCUAUCUUGGGGUGUUGGCUUGAGCUUUUUCACCAGCAUAUUCGGCAGGCUUGCAUGGUGGAUACCACAAACAAUUCUCCUUACACGCCUGAUCGUUUCUCCAGAAACUGUCCCAUUCCCGUUCUUCAAACCACGCUCUCUCAUGACACCGACUGAGCUAGCAUUUGCCGACGGCCAUGGCUGGAUCGCCAUGUUUGUGCCAGGCCUCGGACAAAUUUUGACUCCUGUACUUACCAGUAUCUUCACGUUCUGGCAGCUUGCCUUUUUGCUUACAGGCGUCUUUCGGCGUUACCUCCUCCUUUCUAUCUUUCCCCGGAUAGACAACGUUUUCUUGAGCCUUGGCGUCGUGUUCUUUGCGCUUGUCGGAGGCGCAUUGCUCGACACGGUGCUGUUAACGCCACUUGAAGUGGCAGCAUGCCGUUUGGCUGUCCGGGCGGAUCCCUUUUUCGCCAAGGACAUAGUAGGGCAAGCACUCAAGGACCAUCCGGAAACGCGCGAUGCUCUUGAACGGUUGGAGAACGAGGCAGCAUCACGGGCAUACGUCAGGCUGAGACAAGUACGAUAUGAUCACCUUCGGCUGCGCCACUUCAGCACAAUCAUCUCUGAGGAAGGAUGGGGUGCGUUGUACACUGGGUGGUGGUGGACCUUCUGGCGUUCGCUGGUUACGUACUAAGCAAGUGCAGGUGAAACGCAGGAUAUCGGUCUCAGGCGUCAUGGUGUUGUUGAUACGAUAUUGUACAAUUUGUUACACAUAUGGCUCGUAUGAUCAUGCAAUAGUGGACAGAGAAAGCAGC